AUGAUAAGUGUACUUUGCAUUUCCAAUUCAGUGAUAAAGACAAAAAGAAAGUCAAGAAUAACACAUGAUGCAGAGGGGGCUACAGUUUCGAUAGAAAAAAUAACAAGAAAAAGGACUUACGCGAAUUUAGCCCAAUUUGCCCGAGCAACAAAAUCUAUCAAAACUAUAAAAAUUGUUAAUAAAGAGUACGAUAACGGUCUUCCUACGUUAUCUUACAAAAAUGACGGGAAAUACAAGAUAGAGUAUGUUCGAGAUAUGGGUAAGGCAGACGAGUUAAUAUCAACGAAUGGAUCGAAGUUAUUUGGAUUUGAUAUGGAAUGGCGCGUAUUUCCCGUGCCACCAUCUCGUGUCGCAUUAUUGCAACUUUGUGAUGCGUCCACAAUAUUCUUAUUUCAUCUAUCAGUGAUGGGAAUUUUUCCUCGGCGUCUUCGAGAAUUAAUGGAAAAUUCAAGCAUACUCAAAGUUGGACCAAAUAUACGCGCAGAUGGCAGGAAACUUUUUCGAGAUUAUAAGGUAAACUGCAAGAGUUUGGUGGAGUUGGGACCAUUGGGCAGACAAGUAAAGAAGGAUGGUUUCAUCAAUCAACGAAAAGUGCAGUCAUUGAGGACAUUAGUAGAAGUUUUGUUAGACCAUCAAAUAGUCAAAAACAAAAAAAUUCAGAAAAGCAAUUGGGAUUAUUGGCGACUUAGUAAUGAACAGAUCGAUUAUGCGGCUAAUGACGCUUAUGCGACAUAUCUUUUAGCAGAGAGAAUUAUCGCGUUACAAAGUGAACAAAUCGCGUUAGAUCCGUCGAUCAGUUACGAGAUUGAUCUAUGUGAUAUUUAUGAAGAGAUGACAGUAAUCCGAACGAUCACAGAGAAUUUGACUGGAUAUUUGUGA